AUGAGCGCAUCAUGGGCAUUGGCUAGAAGUGCGCAACAGUUGAAAAAUCUCUGUCCUGACACCCAGCAAACAAACCUUAUGGCCCUAGUGCCUGUGUUUCAUAAGACGUCUGAAGUUGCCGCCGCUACGGCUGACACCGUUAAACACAAGUGGAACGACAUGCGCAACUCAUCACUUUUCAAAUCAUUCGAGUCUAAGCUGGGUACAGCUUAUAACAGCGUAAGUCCGGUUUUUGACAGCUGCUCUAGUUUUUUUUUAACUUCAUUUUUCCCUUUUUCCCGUUGAAU